GCACGCACGGCGAGCGGGCGAAGGCGCCGUCGGGCCGCUGAUAUAUUACGCCAACUACGCCCCGCUCGCUCGCUCUGUGACUAGAGGCUCGCGGGAAGAGGGCGCGGCCGACGCCGGUUCUCUCGGGUCGCCGUCAUGACAGGGCGCAAGUUUCCCAAGGAGAAGAAGCGGCACCGCUCCCGCCUGGGCUGCCUGGACGAAGAAGGCGGAGGCAGCGAGAGGAAACGCCGGAGCAUCGAGCCGCUUCAAGGCCUGGCCGAGGAAACAAAAUGUACUACACAAAUUCCAGAAAGUGAGGAUGUGGAAGAAGAAUCCAGUGACCUAGAAGAAGGUGGAUUGGAUCUCAGCGUGCAAUUGAAGCCAGUUAGUUUCUACAUCACAGAUAAAAAGGAAAUGCUACACCAGUGCUUUUGUAUCAUAGGAGAGAAGAAAGUGCAGAAAAUGCUGCCUGAUGUCUUAAAGGGCUGUUCAAUAGAAGAAAUCAAAAGGCUUUGUCUUGAACAGUUGGAGCUCCUGUCUGAGAAGAAGUUACUGAGAAUUCUUGAAGGUGAGAAUGAAAAUGACUCCGACAGUGAUGAAGAGGCUAGUGGUGGGGAAGAGAAGACAGCAGUUGAAUCUAUCAGCCAGCAAGACAAUAGUAUAGAUUCUACUUCUUCUUUGAAGGAAGACCACAAACUGGAAGCUUUGGACUCAAAGCAAGGCAAAGGAGAAGACAGUGAUGUUCUCAGCAUCAACGCAGAUGCGUACGACAGUGACAUUGAAGGCCCAUGCAAUGAGGAAGAUAAUUCAGAUGGGCUGGAAAGGACUGUCAGAAGUGGAGAUGGUCCAAUAGACGACCUCCAGAAGGACAUUGAGAAAAGCGUGAACGAGAUCCUGGGGCUUGCAGAAUCCUCCCCAAAGGAGCCAAAGGCAGCAACUGUGGCGGUUCCUCCAACAGAUGAUGUCCAGCCAUCAGCACAGCAGCUGGAACUCCUGGAGCUUGAGAUGCGAGCCAGGGCUAUUAAGGCUCUCAUGAAAGCCGGAGAUGUAAAAAAAUAGCCCCAGGGCUGUUUCAUUUGCAAGAUGUCUGCAUUUGUUCUGAUGGGUGUGAUGUCUGCUCCCUUCAGUGCUAAAAUAUAUUUGAACCGGUUUUGACAUUCCUCAUUCAAGCCCUUUGUGUAUCCUGACCCAUGGCUGAAGAAGUUGGCAGCAGUUUGUCACUGCCAUCAGAACUGUGUGACUCUUGCACAAGUGGAGAGGCUUGACGCUGUUCGACUCAACUGGCCAUUUUUUCUCUUUGUGUCGGAUUUCCCCCCUUCUCUCCCACCGCCCUCAACACGAAUUGGGAAAUGGUUGUAGAUCAUAUGCAUCUCUUGCUAAAUCCCGGUGCUAUGCAGAAUAAUUGGGGAACAAUGUAAGGCCUUCUCAGGGCUUACUUCAGCAUUCUGGGGAGGUUCCGUUGGGGAGAAAGAAACAGACCACCGCUCCUUAGAGAUGGAGGCCUAUCGGGCAUGUAUAUUGAGAAAUCCCUUGCACCAGCAGUUGAGACCCAGAUUGCUUGUUUUCGUUGGGUUCAGUUUAUGAGCAAAAUAUUGUAUGCUCUACGCCAAGGGAGCCAAGAUGGUAGUGCAGUCUGUGGAGCCCUUAAUGGGUCUUGGCAGCUUCUGGUGCCAGCCCAUGAGCAUUCCUAAUCUGUGUAGUUUGAACCAUAAUACAGUUACUGUCUCCCUUAAUUUUUAGUGAGUUUAAGUAAUGAUGUGGGUGCAUCCUAAAACACACUCUUUAAAACGAAUUUCUGGUGCUUGACUGUAGUUAUGUGCGUAGCAUCCAGCUUUCCAGGACAUGUUACAAAUUCAUUUUUAAUCCCUUAAGUGCAUUUUUAAUGUUAAGUUAUAGACUUAAUAUGGUUAAAUGUGAUUUGUAAACUCUGCCUAGGAAGACCCUUUCCUAGGACUAGAUAGGACGUUUUGACAAUGCAAAAGUAGAUAUUUAUAUGCAGCUGGGGUAGUUGUUACACAUGUCUAUCUUGUACGUUAUGAAGCAGAGCAACUAAUACUUAAAAUGUCAGUAUCCUGAGGUUUUGUUUUGAAGUAUGUCUGCACUGAUUGCAGGGG